AUGCUUGGCUGGAAACCGCCGCCUGGCCAUCUGUCACCGCAUCGACUUUGUGAUGAGAUCAGAUACGAGACACCUGAACCAACCUUCUCACCAAGCCCGCCUUCAGCCUCCCUCUCCAAGGAUUUCGCUUGCGAAGGUGACGAGAGCAUGCCCCCGCGCAGCUAUCAGACUCGUCGACGGACAAUAAUAUCGGAUUCUGAGCCUGAUUCCGUGAGUGGUGUGAGCCGGCAUCGUGUUCAUGAAAAUAACCACCAGAGUGAUCCGCACGUAGAGAUCAAAUCCCUACGAGGCCGCGCACGUGUCGCGAGAGGCGCUUCGAGCUCAACUUGUGCCACCCCAGGCUCGCGGCACACAAGGGUUUCACAACCUACCGACGCGACGUCCUACAAGUCUCCAGGCUUCCUCCGCACACCUCACACUCCAGAACCUAGAUCAGGUUCACGCGACAGGCGCAGGUUGUCCUCUCGGGAACAAAGUGUGACUGUCUCGGCUUGCAGCGACACACGAGAAGAACAAGAAGAAGCAAACUAUGAUGUGGCGGCUUUUCAGGCUGAAUUAUACUCAUCGCGAUCAUUGCGAAAGCGAACUGUCCAGCAAACGAACCCGUACAAGUUUGACAAAUAUCAGCAUACCAUUUCAAGACGGACCGGCCAAUCUCCAGACCCCGAGGAUGUUGAAGAGGCGGUCAACGAAGAGAUCGAAAUGACUCAAGCGCGACUCUCGUCCAAGAAACAAUCUAAGGCGUCAAAUGCUGGGACCAAGCGCAAGCGGAAGACUCCGGCAUUGAAACGGAAUGGCAAACGACGUCAUCUUGAGCCAACCCUAUCCACGACCGACGAGGAGAGUAGGGUCACUUCAUUCGACCCCGCGAAAGUGACUCUCAAGGUGUGGCUCGAUGGGUUCCCUGCCGCAAGUGCGCCGACCACCCUGCUUGCUUGUGGAGAUGUGGACCGCUUAUUUGAUUUCAUUGUAGAAUCAUGGGGAUGGAGUGUUGAAGGCGCAAGCAUCCGCUACGCAAUCAUCUCUUUUCCGUGGCUGGAUGAGGAGUCCAACAUCUUGUUGCGUCCUGGAAUGCGAGAUAGUUUCACCAGGAUGGUGAGCGAAGUUGAAAAGGCAGAAUGCUGGAAGUCGGGCGGGAACGAGGCAGCGUGCGAGAUCAAGAUCACGGUGUUCAUGGAGUCAGCAAAAUGA